CCUCCCCUCUGCCUUGCAGCGUCUCUGCCCUUCAUCAUCCUGACGCUGGUGAACUCCCCGUACAAACGGGGCUUCUACUGCAACGACGACUCCAUCCGCUACCCCUACAAGGCGGACACCAUCACCCACGGCCUCAUGGCCGGGGUCACCAUCACUUGCCCCGUCGUCAUCCUCUCAUCAGGGGAGGCGUACCUGGUCUACACAGAGCGCCUCUACUCCAAGUCGGAGUUCAACAACUACCUGGCUGCCCUCUACAAGGUGGUGGGGACCUUCCUCUUUGGAGGGGCCAUCAGCCAGUCCCUCACUGACCUGGCCAAAUACAUGAUCGGGCGCCUCCGGCCCAACUUCCUGGCUGUCUGCAAUCCCGACUGGUCCAAGGUGAACUGCUCCAUCUACGUGCAGCUGGAAAACGUCUGCCAGGGGGAGAGCAGGAACGUCACCGAGUCCAGACUCUCCUUCUACUCUGGCCACUCCUCCUUUGGGAUGUACUGCAUGAUGUUCCUGGCGGUAA